AUGUCCUACGAACGGUUGUCGAACGGCUCGUUGCCGUCACUUCCGCCUGCGUACGACAGCAAUAGUGAGUCGCCUCCUCGCACCCUGCGGGACGGGGACGACGACGAUACUGGCUAUGGCUUUGCUUCGGGUUCCGGAAGUUCCAAUGUUGCACCUCCAAUAGAGCAGUUUGAGAUCGACGACGACGAAGUGUACGAGCCCGUGAAGCGGGAUAGCGUGAUUAAGCGGUUUGUGUUUGUUUCAAAGAGAUGUGCUUUCACCUUUAGGGAUAAGGUGGUGGACCCGGUGGUUCGCUGUCUAGAUCCGAUAUAUGAGGUGUAUAACUACUUCCACCGCCACUACGAGCUGCUGUUGCUCAAGUUGGGCAAUCCGUUGGUGGUAAAGCGGUUGUUGUAUGUGUUUUUGGUGGUGAUGUUGAUGUUUGUGGUGUCGGAGAAUGAAAACACUGAUGGCAUUAACGGCACCUCUGGAGGCGCCUUCUCUUCGGGACACUUUUACGAUACAGACAAGUUGGGCGAUACGUUGGCCCAUUAUAUCGAGGGGAGAACUCUCCAGGAGAACUUGCAGUACCUCUCGUCGAUGCCCCACAUGGCUGGUACUAUGGGAGACUUGGCUUUGGCUCGGUAUGUGGAGAGCUACUUCACCAACAAUGGUAUCACGAACGUCGACUUUCAUGAGCUCGAGACGUUUUUGAACUUCCCCACGGGCGAUUCGUACCUCAGAUUGGCUGACGGCUCGCUUCUGGCUUCUUUGGGCGGCAGAGACAAUGUCCAUGAGCAACUUAUGGCGUUUAACCCUAAUUCUCCUAGCUCAGAUGGUGAAAUUGAGGCUCCAUUCAUUUAUGGUAACCAUGGUGAUCCUGAAGACUUGCAGAAACUCUUGCAUGAGCGCAUGGACCUCAAGGGAGCCAUCCUUUUCGUCAAAUAUGGAGGCGAGACCCCAGAAGCAAACAAGGUUUAUGCAGCUACUCAGCUUGGUGUCAAGGCUGUGGUGUUCAUAUCUCCAAAAGUUCCAUUUGCAGGAGAUGCAGCUGAUGAUACUAUCAAGAAGACGAACGUUGGUCUCUGGAGAUACAGCGCCGGUGAUGUGUUGAGACCAGGUUGGUCCAAGCAUGGCACUUACUUCUCUAAUACUGACUGGGAACAUUCGAAGGCCACUCCAAAGAUACCUUCUAUUCCUGUUAGCUGGAAAGAUGGUAUGGCUUUUGUGAGCAAACUCAAGAACCAGGGUGUUGAUUUUGGUGAUGGCUUCUUUUCGGGUAGCCUUGAUAAGAAUCCUAAGAUCAAGCUUGUUGUCAAGAAUACUGAGCGCAUGACCCACCCAAUCUGGAACAUUGUUGGCCACAUUCCUGGUCGUGAACAGCCUGAAAAGGGUGUUCUUUUCGGUGCUGCUCGUGAUUCUUCUUGUUACGGCGCUAUGUCAUCCGCCAGUGGCACCGCUGCAUUGUUGGAGCUUGUUAAGAUCUUCUCUGGUCUCCAGAGAAAGUACAACUGGACUCCUACUAGGUCAUUGUAUUUCGUUUCUUUCGAUGGUACUGAGAACAACUUGGCUGGAUGCGCCAAGUGGGUCGAAGCCAGAAAAGAUUCUCUUAUUAGCGAAGGCUACACUUACAUUGAUAUCAACGGUUUGGUCACCGGUGACAAAUUAUCAAUCGAGGCCCAUCCAUUUGUUCAAAAUAUUAUCAAGGAUGCCAUGAAGAAGGUUAGUCUUACUGAAGACCAGAAAUCCGGCUCUCUCCAGUCGCUCUACGAUCUUUACAAAUCCCGGAACCAGGGCAAGGAUGAUAUCUCCUAUAGCAUGUUGGAAGAGAGAAACUAUGUGCCUUUCAUCAACGAGAUCAACAUGCCCGCCAUGGAGGUCGCGUACAAGGGUGACUUUGUUGAGGGAACCUGUGCUGAUACUUUCAGGACCUUCACCGACAAGAAAGUCGACCCUGAAGUGAAGAAGCAUAAGCAGGUUGUUGAGGUUCUUGCUAGAGUGGGCCUCGAACUUGUUGAGAACCCCAUGAUCCCAUUCGACUUUGAGAGCCUUGCCAAUGACUUAUCCGAUCACCAGAAAGAUCUUGAAAAAUACAUCUCAGACCAAAUAAAGGCGUACCCUUCGCCAGUUACGACUAAAUUCUCUUUCGAUGGGUUAAAACGUGCUAUUGAUAAGCUCAGACGUGACGCUCACCAGAUGAGGAUUAGGCAAGUUGAUUGGAAGAACUUCAUUGAACACAGUGGUAUGGAACCACCAGUGUUUGCUGCCACAAGACGCCUGAUGAACCAGAAUAUGGUUCUUUUUGACUCAUACUUCCUCAGCAACGAGGCUCUGCGUCCAAGAGUGGGAUAUGCAAACUAUCUUUUCGGUGCCCCAUUUGAUGCGCCAUCUACGGAUGACUCUUCAAAGUACCACUGGAACAGUUUCCCUAUGGUACGUGAUGCUGCAGCCAAAGGAAAAUUUGGAGACGCUCAAUCUGAGAUCGAUCGCGUCGCUAGCUUGAUAGAAUCUGCCUGUGCAGCUAUCAAUCCCAUGGGUUAG